AAUAUCUAGUUACCUGCGAAUUGACUCUGAAUCUCUUUACGCGGAGAGAGCUGUGAUCCUGAGCGUACCUCACUACGUUCCUCAUGGCUUCAUACUUGGUAACCGGAGCUUCACGGGGGCUUGGAUUCGAAUUUCUUCGGCAGUUAUCCGCCAAUCCAAACAACAUCGUCAUAGGGAUCGUUCGAAACGCCGAUGCCACCGAGCGGAAGGUCAACAUCGAGCUGCAGCGGAAGAACAUCCACGUUCUGCAAGCUGACCUUGAUGAUUUCGAUACGAUAAAGAAAGCUGUAAAUGCUGCAUCCGAAAUCACUGGUGGAAGCAUCGACUAUGUCAUUGCAAACGCGGCAUUCAUUUCGACCUGGUCGUCCUAUGAUGGUAUAAGUAUUCUGGGAGAGAAACCGAAGCGGCUAGAACAGGACUUGCUCGACUCGUUCCGUACUAAUGUCGUCGGUAAUGUUCAUCUCUUCAAUCUCGCACUGCCACUCAUUCUGAGAGGCCACGCGAAGAAAGUGGUUACGGUCUCAUCUGGGAUGGCUGACUUGGACUUCAUCUCCAAGUCAGGCAUCGAGGUCGGAGCCCCUUACUCAAUCAGCAAAGCAGCUCUGAAUACCGCUGUGGCCAAAUUCAGUGCCGAACAUUCCCAUCGAGGCAUUCUUUUCUUCAGCAUAUCCCCCGGGGUGAUUGACACAGGGCUCUAUGACAACGCUACCGAGGAAGAAAAAGAGAAGGGAAUGGCCAUGCUUGGCAAGAUGGCAAAGUACGCACCGCAUUUCACCGGCCCGUCCACUGCAGAGUCUUCGGUGAAAGAAAUGCUGUCAAUCAUCUACAAAGCCAGCGUAGAGACUGGUUUUGGUGGAUCGUUCGUAUCUCAUCAUGGAAACAAAGAAUGGAUUUGAGGAAUAUGCCAGGCAAUCGUAUCUCGGCGAGGCCGAUCAAAUGGAUACCAACUGGUACGCAUAUUGAAUAUUUGAGCUAUCACUUCGCAGCUGCCUUGCAGAUACGUUGUGGAAGACUGCUUCGCCCAGCUACUACUGAUAGGCGGCUUCUCACUACCCCAGUGCAGCAUUCGAUGAGCAUUCGGAGGAAUGAGUCUAACAUGCGGUGUUAAACGACGAUUAUGUGGCUAUUGUCCAUACUGAUUUAAGUCUUGAUAGCUUAUGUGGUACCAUUGUGGGC